CCCGGCCGCGCGCCCCGCUCCUUCCACCAUGCACUUGCUGGGCUUCUGGUCUCUGGCGUGUUCCCUGCUCGCCGCUGCGCUGCUGCCGGGGCCCCGCGACGCGCCCGCCGCCGCCGCCGCCUUCGAAUCGGGACUCGGCUUCUCCGACGCGGAGCCCGACGCGGGCGAGGCCCAGGCGUAUGCAGGCAAAGAUUUGGAGGAACAGUUGCGAUCAGCGUCCAGUGUAGAUGAACUCAUGACCGUACUCUACCCAGAAUAUUGGAAAAUGUACAAGUGUCAGUUAAGGAAAGGCGGCUGGCAGCGUAAUAAAGAACAGCCCAACAUCAGUGCAAGAACAGAAGAGACUAUAAAAUUUGCUGCAGCACAUUAUAAUGCAGAGAUCUUGAAAAGUAUUGAUAAUGAGUGGAGAAAAACUCAGUGCAUACCACGUGAGGUGUGUAUAGAUGUGGGGAAGGAGUUUGGAGCAGCAACAAACACCUUCUUUAAACCUCCAUGUGUGUCCGUCUACAGAUGUGGUGGCUGCUGUAACAGCGAGGGCCUACAGUGUAUGAACACCAGCACAAGCCACCUCAGCAAGACGUUGUUUGAAAUUACAGUGCCUCUCUCUCAAGGCCCCAAACCAGUAACAAUCAGUUUUGCCAAUCACACUUCCUGCCGAUGCAUGUCUAAACUGGACGUUUACAGACAAGUUCAUUCCAUUAUUAGACGUUCCCUGCCAGCAACACUACCACAGUGCCAAGCUGCAAACAAGACUUGCCCCACAAAUUACAUCUGGAAUAAUCAUCUCUGCAGAUGCCUGGCUCAGCAAGAUUUUAUUUUUGCCUCAAAUUCUGGAGAUGACUCUACAGAUGGAUUCCAUGACAUCUGUGGACCUAACAAGGAGCUAGAUGAAGAAACGUGUCAGUGUGUCUGCAGAGGGGGGCUCCGGCCUUCCAGCUGUGGACCCCACAAGGAACUAGACAGAAACUCCUGCCAGUGUGUCUGUAAAAACAAACUGUUACCCAACUCGUGUGGGGCCAACAGAGAAUUUGAUGAAAACACGUGCCAGUGCGUAUGUAAAAGAACCUGCCCAAGAAAUCAACCCCUAAACCCUGGAAAAUGUGCCUGUGAGUGUACAGAAAAUUCACAGAAAUGCUUCUUAAAAGGAAAGAAAUUUCAACAUCAAACAUGCAGCUGUUACAGAAGACCGUGUACAAACCGACUGAGGCAUUGUGAGCAAGGACUUAUAUUUAGUGAAGAAGUAUGUCGCUGUGUCCCUUCAUACUGGAAAAGACCACAGAUGAACUAAGACUGUACUGUUUUCCAGUUUGCCAUUUCUUUAUCUUGGAAAACCGUGUUGCCACAUUAGAACUAUCUGUGAACACAGAGACCUUGGUGGGACCAUGGAGACAGAGACAGAAGUCAGUGUUUGCUGACCUGUGUGGAUAACUUUACAGAAACGGACUGGAGCUCAUCUGCAAAAGACCUCUUUUAAUGACUGGUUUUUCUGCCAAUGACCAGACAGCUGAGGUUUUUCUCUUGUGAUUAAAAAAAAAAAAUAAUGACUAUAUAAUUUAUUUCCACUAAAAAUAUUGUUUCUGCAUUCAUGUUUAUAGCAAUAACAAUUGGUAAAGCUCACUGUGAUCAAUAUUUUUAUAUCAUGCAAAAUAUGUUUAAAAUAAAAUGAAAAUUGUAUUAUAAACUGGAAA